CAGUAACCUCUAAUCCAAUCUCAGCUUGUCAGAAUGUGAUCUCCAUAGAUUGGCUCACUCUCUGACAAGACAGAGGGAAUGACAUUUAGCUGGGAUUUAGCUCGUCUAUCCCUCUGACUAUCGGAUUUGGAAAUGUACAUGAUCUACUAAGAUGAAGGAAAUUGCUGGAUGAAUCCAAACAUGGCUGCUGUACAUUCGUUCAUUUUGUUUCAUAUUGUCUUUGGGUUUUUACACCACAGUUUGGGUUUGAUUUCAGACUACAAAUUAUGUGGGGACCCCGAAUGUGAAAGCAUGUUAAGUCGUGUGGAGGCACAGAGAGACCAUAGUGCUGAAGACUGCCGCUUUCUAAACUUCAGAAAAGGGGAAAUGAUCACUGUUUACUACAAACUCACUGGAAAAAGAAAUGAUCUCUGGGCAGGAAGUAUAGAAAAGCUGUCCGGAUUGUUCCCAAAAGAUGCCAUCAAAGUUGAACAAUUGUUUAUUGAUGAGAAAAAGGAAAUCCAGGUGCCAACCCAGGAAUAUGACUUCAUCUGCUUUGAUGAAAAUGGUUUAGUCAUUGAGCACAGCACUGAAUUUGAUGAUCUAGAAGAUUUGACACAAGAAACUCAAGAAACCAAUAUCAAUGAAGUCCAUGAUAAACCUACUGAAAGAGAAGAGGAUGAACCCAGCAAGAUUUCUGUUCAAGAUGUUUCUGAUCAAAACAGCCCCAAGACAACAGAAAAAGGUGGGUCUUCAUGGAUAGGCUCUGCUGUUAGUGGAUGGUUUGGCAGGAAUGAACAAAGCAAUGAUGAACCACAGGAUGAAAGCAGUGAAGAAUCCUUCAAAAGCAGAAAAAUAGUAAUGGAUAUUGAGGAGAACCAUGUGGAGGAGAAGACUAACUCUGGAACGUUUGGUUGGAUCAGGGGUGAACUGACCAAUGCUUUUGGAUUUGGAAAUGAGGAUCUAAAGACUCAGGACAAUGUUGAGAACCCAACAAUUGAUAAAGACACUUCAUCUCAGCAGUCUAGCUCCUGGAUAAGUAUGGGUGGAGAUGUCUUGGACGUUAGUGAAGACAAUACUCCAGCUGCAACUAAACCUGAAGCUGAGAUGGCAGAUGAAAACACAAACAUGGAGGACCAAAGCAUUCUUAACCCCAGCGAGAACAUGGAUGUGGAUGACAAAAUACAGGGAGAUGAAAACAAACCAGAUGACAAUGUGGAGAAUGAGGAUGGUCCCAUGGAGAACAUGAGAUCAGACAAAGAAAAAGUAGAGGAACAGACGGGGUGGUACGGCAACAUGUACAACAGAAUUACAAACCUUUACAAAGAAGAGCAAACUAAACAAGAUGAGGAUGAUGAAGGCAAAGAAAGUUUGUCUGAGGAAGAAAGCCCUGGAUUCGUUACAAAUACUGAGAACAUUGAAACCAAAGAGUCAGAAACACAGUCUAUAUUUUCAGUCAGUGGUCUGACAUCAGUGCUUAAACUUCCAUUUCAGGGAGACACGGUAGUAAAGAGAGAUGAGGAAAAGACAGCAAAGGAAGAAGAUCCAGGUAAGGAAGACUUUGAGGAACAAAAUAAUAACGAGGAUCAAGAAGCAAGAAUGUUGACUGAUAUUGAUGAACAGGACUCAAUCCCAAUAGACAAUGAUGUACUUAGUGAAACUCAGUCGCUGUCUGAUAAAACAAAAGAUAGCAUUGCGUUUGAUAGCACUGAGGAAUCUAGUAUGACAGAAGACAGCACAGACAAGUCAGCAGAUAAUUCAAAUGAAGAAGUUAAAAGUGCAAACAAUGCUGAUGUUUUAGAGGGAGAGGUGAAGCAAGAUAUGCGAGAUGUGCAAAGUGAUGAGGAAAAGUCAACAAAGGAGGUAGAUUCAGGUAAGGAGGACUUUCUUGAGCAACAGAAGUUGAAAAAGGAAGAAAUGUCUGAUGGUGACGAGCAAGAAUCAACCCCAACGGAUGUUGAUUUAAUUAGUGAAACUCAGGCACUAUCCGAUGAAACAAUGACUUUAAAAGACAGUGAUGACAUUAUAAAAAUAGAUGUCUUUUCUCAAGAAUCUAACACCCAAAAUGAUGAUGAUGAUGAUGAUAAGUCUGCAAAUAAUACAGCUGAUGACGUUAUUCAGAGAAAAAACAACUUGACUGAUUCAUCUGAUGAUACUUCAGAGGACAGGCUGACACAAAGUCUGUCUGAUCAAGACAAUGUAGACACUAUCAAACAGCAAGAAAGUGAUUAUGAUAAAAUUAGCACAGACGCCGUAACUGGUGCUGAUACAUCUGAACUGGCAGAGACAGAUAUUUAUAAUGAGUUACAUGAUCAAAAAACACAAGAAUCAAAUGUUUCGGAAUUGUCCAGAUUUGUUACAAUUAGUCAAAGUGUAAAUGCAGAUGUGAAUAAGGAACUGAAUGUGGAUGCAUUAUCAGAAUAUAUUAAUGAAAAUAAAUUAGCUGAAGAUGACCAAGGUACUUCGAAAGAAGAUGAUGAGUUAAUUAUGGAAAGAAAUAAUGAGUUAGUGAUGGACAGAAACAAUGAGUUAGGUACGGACAAAAAUGACAAGUUAGUUAAGGACAGAAAUGAUGAGUUAGUUAUGGACAAAAAUGACAAGUUAGAUAAGGACAGAAAUGAUGAGUUAGUUAUGGACAAAAACGACAAAUUAGUUAAGGACAGAAAUGAUGACUUAGAUAAGGACAGAAAUGAUGACUUAGAUAAGGACAGAAAUGAUGAGUUAGUUAUGGACAAAAAUGACAAGUUAGAUAAAGACAGAAAUGAUGAGUUAGUUAUGGACAAAAACGACAAGUUAGAUAAGGACAGAAAUGAUGAGUUAGUUAUGGACAAAAACGACAAGUUAGUUAAGGACAGAAAUGAUGACUUAGAUAAGGACAGAAAUGAUGAGUUAGUUAUGGACAAAAAUGACAAGUUAGAUAAGGACAGAAAUGAUGACUUAGUUAAGGACAGAAAUGAUGGGUUAGAUAAGGACAGAAAUGAUGACUUAGUUAAGGAGAGAAAUGAUGGGUUAGUUAUGGACAGAUAUGAGGCACAAUUAGAUGAAGCAUUAUCCAAAGACAUGUUUCAUGAAGAGAAGUUAUCAGAUUCAGAAGCUCUUGAAAUGAGCAGUGAACAUAAAUUGGACACAAAAAUAAGCCCUCUUGAUGAAGGAACUUCUCAUAUUCCCACUCUUGGAACAGAUGAAUUAGCUGUCAUUAGUGAAGAAAAUAUACAUUCAGACCUCGAGUCAAAUUCAGCCCUAAACGCCACAGAUGAUGAGAUGGAUAAUACCAGCAUCUCGCAUGAUGUGUUACUGGAGAUACAAACGGCAGGUACAAGUAUUGUUAAAGAUACUGAUUCAGAAGGUAAAAAUGCAGAUGAGGUUGUAGUAAAUGGAGAGAGAAAGGAUUUAGGUCGAGUUUCUGAACCCACAGAGAAUUAUUUUGAAACUAAAGAGCUAAAGGGUGACACACAAAUCACAAAUGAGACUCCGAUAGAGGAAACUCAGACAAAAAGCCCAUCACUAAACACGUCUAAUGGAUCCCCUGAUUCAGAAGAUGAUGUUCAUGAUCUCAGUUUACCAGAAAAUGCAGACUAUACCAGCUCAGAAGUAACAAAAUUAACAGAUGAUUUCUUCUUGGAGAAUGUCCCAGUUCAGGAUGGCAAUAUUAAUAAUAUGGUUGAUCAAAAUCAGAGUGUUGAACACAAAGAGGUGACUGACACUGCAAAUAAGGAGGAUCAAACCGAUUUGGAAAGUGUCACGAAAAGGGAGGAAAGUGACACAGGUGCCACCUGGGAUCAAAAGGAAGAUAGUGACAUGGCGGUGCAGUCAGAAGAUAAAGAGAAACAGGGUGAUGAAGAACAGCCUGGAAGCCCUGAAAUUCAAGACAAAAAGACUUUCAACCAUUCUACAGAAACUUCUAAAGAAUAUACAAACUUAUAUCCUCAUCUGAGCGAACAGAAUAUUCAAGAUCUUUUACAUUUAUUUGGAGACCACAAGUUAUCUUGGCUGGAUUCCAAAAUAGGAAACACUGAUGCGGGUCAAGAUAAUGAAGGUCUUGAUGAACUCAGUGACUUUGAACAGCUGUUGGAAUACCAUAUGAAGAUGAACACAAAACUGGGACAUAUUCAACAAGAUAACGGUUUUCCUGGCCAGAAUAAUAUUAAAGAAUAUCCAGCACUACAAAAACUGUUUACCCUCUUAUCUACUCUAAGAGAGAAAUAUUCACCAGUGAUAACAGAAGUCAGUGUAGAAAGCCCAGGGAUCAGCGAAGAUGACUGUGUUCAUGAAGCAUGUCUAGAUGUGAAUAAGAAUACACUAAUCUCCUCAACAGAGCUAAAAAAUAAUCAAGUUACCGAAGACAGAUCUGAUAUAAAUGAUACGAACAAUCCUCAAAUUGAGCCAGUCACUGAGGAGAAGCACCUUUCAGCGAAUGGAGAUAAUGUGGAGGAUGUUCAGAUUGAUGAGCAGGAAAUAAGAAAGCAUGAGGAUUGGAUAUCUUCUGAAAUCAAGAAAGCUACUUCCCAAAUCCAUAGUCUGAUCUCUGAGGAGCAAGUUGAAUCACAGAAUGGAGAAGGGCAAUUUUACCAAAUGGCAGUUUUUGUUGAAGUCACACUUAAUGAAAUUGCAUCUAUAGUGGACAAGGUUGUGUCUUCACUUCCUGAUGAUAUCCGGCCUGGUCCUGACUUAUAUGGACUUCCAUGGGAAGCUGUGGUUUUCACUGGAUUUUUAGGUUUAUUCACACUGCUUCUGUUCAGCUGCAGGUUCAUUCAUUCUGUCAAAAGUCGGCUAUAUGCAAGUAAAGAGAAGCAAAUGGCACAUAAAGUGGCUGAACUGCUUGAUGAAAAGUGCAAGGUGCUGGAGACAUUCAGUGAAGUAAAACAGAGGUUUGACAAACUAGAGUCCGCACUGCAGAACAAUGGCGUGUCUGCACAAGCUUCAGAAAAAGACAGUUUAGAGGUGGCAUCACAGAAACUUGAACAAUCAAAUGCUCAGAUGAAAAAGGAAAUUAAGAGGCUACAAGAAGAGCUGUCCCAACAAAACAAAGCAAGAAAACAACAAGAGGAUCAGCUUGCUGAACUCGAACAGAUUUUAAGUAAUUUAGAAGAGGAGGCUAAAGAACGAAAGUCACAGUUAGAACAGGACAACACAACACUGAAGAUCCAUGAGAUCAACACAGAGAGACUACAGAAAAACCUGCAGGCGGCCAAAGAAGAACAUGCAAUGCUGCUCGAGAGUAAAGCACAGCUGGUGCAAGAAGCAGAGGGCUGGGGUGAACGUCUCGGUGAGCUGGAGGAGGAGAUGAAAAUGUGUGAAAGAUCUCAUUCUGGCAUGCUGGAGGACUGCACUAAUAAAGAUGAACGCAUCAAGUCACUGACAGAGUGCCUUUUGAAGAUGCGAGAUUGGGAUUCUGAGGACGAGAGCAGCGUUGAUGGCAGCACUAAUACUGAGAACGGUGACAGUUCAGAGUUCCAUAAGAAGCAAAAAGUACAGAAACUCAUUGAAGCAGCCAAGAUGAGUGCAGACUUAAAGUCCAUGGAAGAGGACAAAAACAGGGUGUUCGCCAAACUCGCAGAUGAAAUUAAAGCCAAAGAAGAUCUCCAAGAGGGGAUCAAACAACUUGAGGAACAGAAGGAGGUGUUGGAAUCAGAGAGUGCCAACUAUUCUAGUGAAAGCCAGAAACUCCAGCAGAAACUUCAGAUCAUGACAGAGAUGUACCAAGAGAAUGAACUCAAACUACACAGGAUGUUGACGGUGGAGGAGAAGGAGCGCUCACAGAAGGAGGAGAAGCUCAACAAGGCAGGCAAAAAGAUCAGUCUCACUGCAGAGGAGCUCAUCACUUAUAGACAGCGAGCCAAAGACCUAGAGGAGGAACUGGACCGGACUUCACAGGCUUAUAAGAAUCAGAUUACUUCUCAUGAGAAAAAGGCUCAUGAUAACUGGCUAGCCGCAAGGGCAGCGGAUCGAGACCUGGCUGAUGUCAAGAGAGAAAACGCUCAUCUCCGCCAGAAGCUGACUGAUGCCCAAUUUAAAGUCGAUAUUCUUGAAAAGGAUGUACGAGAGGGCAGACCUUUAUUUAGAGGUGAAAGAUCUCCAUAUGGACCCUCUCCUCUUGGCCGACCAUCCUCAGAAACACGGACCUUCCUGUCCCCUCCUACACUAAUGGACGGCCCCCCUCGACUCUCACCCCAGUUUAUGGGUCCAGGCAGAGCAUCCCGAGGCCUGGUAGAGCCCCCUAGUGGUGGGCCAGACUUUGAGCGCAGUGGCCCUCACUCUGAUAGUGGCUCACUGUCUCCCUCCUGGGACAGGGAACGCAGGGGCCCUCCCGCCCCUCCAGGUCACCCUCUCCCAGAUCCAGGUUUGCCAUACAGGAGGCCUCCUCCAGGUCCGUAUUCUAUGGGUCCUUUGCCUCAUAGACCUCCACUUCCUCCUGAGCCAUACUUUGAUGACAAAUCAGAUCCAUCAUUUUUAAGAAACAGCUCAUCUAUCAGUGAGAAUGAGAGCAGAGAUGGUCCUCACUCUAUGACUGGUGACAUGAGAUUGCCCCCUGACCCAGAUUCGAGAAUGGGACCUCCUCCUGGUCCCCCGUUGAUGGGAAUACCUCCACCGAUGGACCCUAGGGACCCACGUUUCCUACACAGGGGCCCUUAUGGACCUCCGGAAUUCUUUCCCCCUCGUGGGCCUGGAGUUCCCCCCAUUGGCAUGCGAGGGCCUCUUCCCCCUGGAAUGUUUCCCAGAGCUCCAAUGCCACUCCCUCAACAUAUGGGCUAUCUGCCACCAAGACCUCCACCUGACAGUUUCCCCCCUGGACCGCCUCCCAGACCCUCCCCACCAGGCAGCGAGCAGCCGCCCAACCAGUCGCCCUCUCCUCAUGAUGUCAUCUGAUCUUCCCAUCUCACUCUCUCUUCCUCCCCUGCAGACUGUUUUCAACUUCCUGUUGUUGUGCUCAGGGGGUGUUUCCUUUGAUAUGUAACCACAGUAGCCUUGUGGUUAUCUCUUUUUUGUCUUAGUUGAAACUUGUUUGAAGCAUGGCAAAGGAUACAGCAAAUACCACUGGUUAUGUUUUGAAGAGGAAGUUGAUGUCUGUAUUUCAGGUACAGUGUAAGUGUGCAGCCUUUGUGAACCCAUAGGUAAGAAGUCAAUGAGACUGCCUUAUAGGAUUCUAGGUGCUCAGGAUUAUGAUGAUGCUUUUUUAAAUUGAAGGUAGUUGAUGAAAGAUCCUCAUAUUUGUCAGACUGUAUAUAUAGAAAGUAUACUAAGUAUAUAUUGUGAAUAGGAUGUUGUUGAAACAGGACUUCGGUAACUAUCUUGACAAAUCCAACAAUUCAGUCCAGAGAACCGUCCAUGUAGCGUAUAUAUUUAUAGUUUCCUUGAUUAACAAUUCAUGCCUUAAAAAUAAAUGGUCUGAUGAAAUAAUGUAUAUUAAUAAUAAAGAUGUCACUGAAAA